AUGGCACGAAUUUAUGGUGUUCUAAAAGGUAUUUCAAUCGCUUGUGCAUUUUGCUUAACACGAUUAAUUCUGCUAAAGGUAGCUUUACGAGAGACUCUGGCUAAGAAUCUACAUCUACGGCAACCGUUUGAUCUCGACCAUCUCGGACUUGGUGCACUUGAUUGCAACGGUGGGGAGUCCGCAAUCUCACGAUCUCGUUCGUUCAAUGGCCAGCCUAAGAGACCUGUUUUGGCAGCUAACCUCAGGCAGCGUAGCCAAACUCGUCCAAGGAAUAUUCUCUAUCCUAAUUUAGAUGCCAUUCUAAACGAGGCAGACACUAUUCUCCCAUCCCCAAUGGUGUUAGGCCUUUCAGGUCAAUCAUUACAAGUGGAACCUCAAAUAGGAGCGAAAGAAGCGGAAGUUCAACUUUUAACUAUGGGAUUUCGAGAUGCAACUAUAUCAGCUUCAACACCGGUGUCAGAAGAGCUCAUGGCCUGGAGUCGUCGGGAUAAGGCGAGACAACAAAUUGGUAAAAUUAACUACUACUUUUAUACUUUUAAGGGUUCCAAGCAAACUCCUUCGAAGACAGAGAUGAUUGACCUAACAAAACCUCUAGAUUCUUUUGUGCAUUCAUCAAAAUCGCUAAAACGGACUUGUCUAUCGCCUGCUAGUAUUCCCAAACACUCGUGUUCAAAACGCAGAAAAAUAACCCAGAAGUCAAUUGAACUAGAACGCGAUCCGUACGAACUCAGUGGAGAUGAAAAUAGUUCCCCAAUUCCUUUUCCCACCACUACCGAGAUUGCAGUUCCCUCUGCUAAACCUGUUAUCAGUAAGACUACUGGAGAUAAGAAGCGCAAGUUCUUUAUAACUCGAACUCCUGAGAUCCCUAGGCAACCAAACAUGUCUUCUUUGGAAUCGAAACAACGCAAACAUAAAACUGUGCUUUUCCUCAUGCAGACCAAACGUGUGCCUAAGCUGAUGUCAUCUAGAACACGGUCUCAACCUCUGACAGAUGAUGAGCGUGCAAGAAUCGCAGCUACAACAAUCUGGUUACCUCUCCCCAACCAACCCCCGUCUUCACAGCAACCAAAAUCAGCACCGAUAGAAGAAAACAACGAUGUUAUUGAAUGUGCCGGCGGUUCUGGUGAUGAUGAUUGGAUUGGCACUGAAAAACCUACUACGGCUGAUCCAUGCAGCACUCCGCUGAGAAAAUUAUCUGAAAAGCCACUAAUAAGGACCAGCGAUAACGGGGAUUAUGUUCAACCUUUUUCUGAUGUCUCGAAUGUUCUCGUUUCUUCAGUCAAACGACGAAACGUUGCUGAAAAUGAAACGACGGGUCACCAAGAGGUCAGACGUAUCUCUUUUGCCCAGCCACUUUCUCCCAUACCAAAGCGUGACUCUAAUUCACGAGGCUCUAGUGGACAAUCUGCAUCAGGUCUUAAAAUACCAAGGCGACAUCGUUCUCAAGAUGAAGACCAGUCGAAUUACGAGGAAUGGUUGAAGGAGUUUAGUUCUCAACUGAAACCCUUCGAAGAUUUUGACCUAACAAUUGAUUAA